GGAACUGAAUAGCAACAAAAGGCGUUCCGCCGGGAUUUCAUUUCAGUACACGAGUGUUGUCGGCUUGAGACCAAUACCACGCCGAUAUACCAUCUUUCAAAUUGACCCUUUACAGCUCAUGGGAACUAAAGGGAGCUCGUGUCUAAGCGAUCAUUUUUGAAAACCAUCCGGAAAUUAAACGUUUUGUUCUAGAAUUUUAAGUGUCUUUUGGGAUAUAUGUAAAGAAUUGUUGAAGACUUUGGUAGAUUAUCAAUACUUCAAGUGUUUUCAUAUUUUUCACACUUCCGGACGUCUUUAUUACAAUUUUCCAUUUCCGUGCUACGUUGAUUGAAAAUUUUCUACAUGGAAUACCUAUGAGAUACGAAAAGAGAAACAAUAAACGCAGGAACAUAGAUACAUAAUUGAUAUAUAUGGAGAACGAUCAGUGACACUAUUGCAAGUGAUAGUUAUAAAAAAUACUCUCCGAUGAAGGAGGAAAUCUCGUCACAACUUGGCACUAUAAGAAACUGGAUGCAACCGACGAUGGUUGAACAGAGCGCAGGAAGUGUUGGAGUAGGAAUAACCCGUGCGCACUUUGAAAAGCAACCGCCUAGUAAUUUACGGAAAAGUAACUUCUUCCACUUUGUUCUCGCCUUAUACGACAGACAAGGGCAACCUAUAGAAAUUGAAAGAACGGCAUUCAUAGACUUCGUCGAAAAAGAAACGGAAUCCGACAGUCAAAAAACAAACAAUGGAAUUCAUUACAGAUUACAACUUCUGUACGCAAACGGUGUUCGGCAGGAACAAGAUUUAUAUAUACGUCUCAUCGAUUCCGUCACAAAAACAGCUAUUAUUUAUGAAGGCCAGGACAAGAAUCCUGAGAUGUGCCGGGUGCUUCUCACACAUGAAGUCAUGUGCAGUCGAUGUUGUGAUAAGAAGAGCUGUGGUAACAGAAACGAGACCCCCUCAGAUCCAGUCAUCAUUGACAGAUUUUUCCUCAAAUUCUUCAUGAAAUGUAAUCAAAAUUGUCUGAAAAAUGCAGGGAAUCCAAGGGACAUGAGACGAUUUCAGGUCUCGGUUACAACCACGGUAUCAGUAGAUGGACCAUUAUUAUCGGUUUCCGACAACAUGUUUGUACAUAAUAAUUCUAAACAUGGUCGGCGGGCACGGCGGCUUGAUCCAACUGAAGGAGAUUACUUGGCCGAUCCAUAUUUAGGGACCCAUGGAAAGUACCUCAGGGGACAGUUUUCUUUUUCUACACCCUGUAUAAAGGCGAUAUGUCCAAGUGAGGGCUGGACCACAGGUGGUACCACAGUCAUCAUUAUUGGUGAUAACUUCUUCGAUGGUCUGCAAAUAGUUUUUGGAACUAUGCUUGUCUGGAGUGAGUUAUUGACCUCACAUGCUAUAAAAGUACAGACCCCACCUCGACAUAUACCUGGUGUUGUUGAAGUCACGCUCUCAUAUAAAUCAAAACAGUUUUGUAAAGGUGCACCUGGAAGAUUUGUAUAUACAUCUCUAACAGAACCAACAAUAGAUUAUGGGUUUCAGAGAUUAAUGAAACUUAUACCACGCCAUCCAGGAGACCCAGAAAGAUUACCUAAGGAAAUAAUAUUAAAAAGGGCAGCUGACCUUGCAGAAGCCCUAUACAGCAUGAGAAACCCUAACCAGUUAUCUUUACCAGCACCCAGAUCACCACCAAUGAACAAUACGCCUACAAUGUCCGGAUUUAAUACAUACUCUGGUCAACUGGCAGUCAGUGUGCAAGAAAAUGGCCAAUGGGAAGACGGGUAUAACAGAGGUCAAAGCUCGAGUGUUUCCCCACGAGGGUAUGGUUCAACUGGCUCAACACCUCACAGCAACGGAAGUGCUUAUAGCUCUACCAUGAACGGCUACCACAGUAGCGCUGGUGGCCUAGGAAAUAUGGCUUCAAAUUCAAAACAGAAAAGUGCUUUCGCACCUGUCCGCGCAGCAAUGACUGGUGGUGACAUGGGGUUUGGACCUUCCACUGGGGGCUUUGGAAUGACAGGAUUGCAAGCUGGUUGGGCCCAUACUUUUUACAAUGAAUGAGCGGUUUAGUGGGCUCACCUUUUUCUGCUAUGAAUCCAUUUGCUCUUCAACCAUGUAAUGCUCCACAACCUUAUGGCAGCUCCAUAGUGUCUCCGGCAAAAUAAAACCUGGCACAUGAAUAUAAACAAGGGUAUAGCUUCUAAUGACACGAGCUGGUCUGUAGGAAGAGCAGAAGCACGACAGACACUUAAAAAAGUGAUUGUACCGUUUCAUUAGCUCAAUAACAUUGCUGGAACACUUCCUAAAAGGCAUUCCUUUGAAUUCAAAGAUACCUGAAACUUGACAUGAAAGAAACAUGAGUUGUGAUCCAAAGUGUUUGGAUUGGAAGAUGCGGAGAUAAAGAUAAACAAUGUGUUAUAUAAGAAUAAGAGUGUGAAUGACAGUUUACUUUUAUUGACUACGAACAUGGAAGUUUCAUGUUCAAGGCUAUAGUGCUUGCCAACAGUUGUGUUUUAUUUAUUAAAUUAAUGUUUGUUGAAGUAGUUUAGCGGAGACAUUUAAAAUCCGUCAUUUGAAGGUGACUCGAAAUACAUAUGGAGGCGACUGCGUUAUUUAGAAACAAUUUAAAGAACCUUUAACGACAUUCUUCGGGGAAACACAGAAUGACGCACAGGCGUAACAAUGGCGGUCAGCUCGUUCUGCACGGAAAAAACGUUGAACAAUUAUGACUGUGAAUAAUUGCAUAAAGUAGAUGCACGUGUUUCAUAUUCCGAUACAGGGUAGUAUAUUGUGAACACUGUAUGAACUGUUCUACUUUCAUGUCUGAUAAUACUGUGUUUAUAAAUGUACUCUCUAGAACAAUGGCCAUGCCUAGUCUAACAAAUGUAAUGUGUAUGGUAAGGAUUUAUGUAGUUAGCCUGUCCGAAGAUAAAAUAUAUGCUUAAAGAGCAAACCAGACACCAUGUUUCAUUUGAAGCAAAACGUUUCCCCGGUCCUCUUAUAUCAGUUAUAAACAUAAAUCACAUUUAAUCUGUUCUCACUACACUGAUGAUAAUAAAAGGCCCAGACAGUCAAAUCUGCCCCAGUCUGCUAAAAUGUGCACUUCCCAACAAAACGACAAAAAUUCACUCCCGGAUUAAAAAAAUUCACAUGAUUUCGAAAUACAGUAUAUCAAAUAAUGUUUUCGCACAAACACAUUGUACCUUAAAAAUGCGGAAAACGUUCUUGAGGGAAUAACAUGUACGUUGCGUUUAGUAUAGAAGAUUUAUGCUAUUCAGGUAGAUUCUUCUCCAAACAACAGCAGUCUGAAACAAGGACACACAUUAGUACAUUCAUUAAAUACUCAUUCUAGUCAGACUUUGAAGUGCCAAAUAUAUAAACGCGAAAAUCACGCCCAUUUUUAUUUGUUUUAUAAAACGUUAAUUUAUUGUUGAUAUUAUUAUAUAGAUAAAUGUAGUUUUUUUCUUAAACAAUAUUGUGUAGAAUAUCCAUAGAUUCCAGUCAUUAUGAUUAAAUUUAAUGUUUAAAUGUUGUCCAGUAUAUAUACGUACGUUACUUUAUGGGUCACAUCACACUCGAAAGCUGGCCUUCUCUAUUCAAUUUUUUCCAAGGUCACAGUUCAAUUCUAAACCUUUUCUUCACAAACAAAUAUCAGUACCAUGUAUAAAGCAGAAGAAAAUUGCAUGGAAAAAAUAUAUCUAGUCAAUCAGUCACGCUGCAAGGCAUGUCUUAGAUUGUAGUUGUGUAUGUUAUAAAGUCUAUAUGAUAUAUUCUGGUCUUACACCAGAAUUGCUAUGUAACUUUAGCGAAAUAAGAAAUCGUCAAAGAUGAGAAAUGUUCAGCCCGCCUAUUUGAAUGUUUUUGAUUAGGUAAACUAGAGCCGUUGUAACAGGUCCUGAUGAAAUGUAACCCGAUCUUGCAUAGUUUGUUAAAAUCAAAACACGGUGUAUAAACGCGUGUAGAAAUUCUAUUUUCACCGUCCAAAUAUAUAAGCAGAAUCAGUUUAGUCUUUAUACGAUAAAAAAUAUCUGCUUGCUUACUUUAAAGUUGAUUGAAUUUUGGUAUAGUUUUAAGCGCAUUAAAUACUUCAAAUUAAAGUUGACAUGUUAUGUAUAUAUACUAAGUUUCAGUUAUGGACAAUAUACUCUAUGUUAUGUUUUGCUUAAUAUUUUAUAAUUUAAAAGAAUCCUUUUCUAAUUAGAAAACUUAAUUUUUUGUGAAAGUCAUUUCUGAGACAGAUUCCUGGAAUAACAGUGUUUAACUUUAAAUUUUGGUGAUUUUUUUUUUAUUUAUACCCGAAAUUCUUUGUUUUAAAUCAUUGCUAUUCAACUGAACUGGUUUCGUUUCGUUAAUUGUUUUAUAUAUAUAUCAGAAUAACACUAGACAAAUGUUGACAAAAUCUAUAUUUGUCAAAAACACAUUUUUACAAUAUAUAGAAAAGAAAAGAAAGACUUAAAAACAGUGCAUUUAAAUUAUACAUGGAUAUUUGGCUUUCCCUCCUCAAUAAUUCCCCAAAGAACAUUGAAAUAUAAUUUUCUCAUGAAAUGUUGUAGAAAGUGCAAAUGUUGCUAAGAGAUCUGACAUAUUGAUAUAUCUUAUCUGUUUAUAUUAUUUUAUAAAUUUGUUCUUGAUGAAAAUAAAAUGAGAUUAUUGAUUAAACUACUUCAUGUUCA